UUAGCAACGUGGUUGCCGCGCAACACAGAAGUUUCUGGUCGGAGUGGUGAUUUUCAGUUCGGACGUUUUAGUCAACAGAUAGGAAACAGGUGUGUGUUUCUACUCAGCAUAAUUUACCCCGCUUUGCAGGUGAACUCGCCCAGAGACGAAACUCGGGACACUCCUUCACUACGUCGAAGCAACUUGUUGGGCUUAAGAUGUUUGUCUUGCUGUGUAUUUUCGUCUGUGCCUCGGCCACAACCACUGGACAAGUGAUGACCGGUCAGCCUCGCAAAGUUCCAGUAAACAACACGAAGGUUUUGGCGGCAGCACGAUUUGCUGUGGUUGAAUUCAACAGAGACAACGCAGAAGACCAGCUUGCCUACAGAAUUGUGAACAUAACAUCGGCCAAAAUUCAGGUGGUCGCGGGAAUAAACUACAUCUUGGAAGUGCAGCUGGGACGUACAGUGUGCAAGAAAAGUGACACAGCUGACAGUGAACCAUGUGAUUUACAAUCCGAUUCCAAGGAACUUCAGUGCAACUUCAUCGUUACAGAAAUUCCUUGGGAAGAUUCACGUGUACUUACUAAAAAGAAGUGUCACCUACAUAAUAAUGCAUGAUAUACUGAUGUAGUCCUGCUGAUGGUGCUGCUAAGUAAACAAUUAUAACUGA